AUGGGCUACCAUCCAAUCGAACUUCGCAUCCAAGUCCUCGGCCUCUCUGCCUUCGGCGUCGACUCGAAAGCCAUAGCAGCAGGGCUGGACAUCCCCGUCCGCAGCGUCCAGAGGAUCAUCCACCGCGCCAAAGAGCGGGGAUUCGAUCCCGCAACGAACCCGCGCGUCAAGAUGGAGUACGUAGCAGAUGCGGAGAGAUCUGGACGGCCGAAAAAGGGGAGUAAGGUAAUGGCAGCGGAGUCGCAGGCUGGUUCUACAUCUGGAUCUGGGUCUGCUGUUGAGGCCGAGUCGGAAGCUGGGGACGGGAAGUCGAUGCCUGAGGCUCAGGCCUGA